GCUGUGUAUUUGUUUCCUCCCACUUGAUAUGGUUACAUUACUGUGAAUCAUCUUAUAAUGCUUUCUAAUUUAACUGCAGUCUCAAGUGGAAUAACCUGAAAAUGCUGAUUAUAUUUUAUUUACUGCUGAUGUUCAGAGUUGGGCGAUGCACAGAUGAUCCUAUCUUUGAGACAAAGAUCGUUGCUGUUGGAGAUUAUGUGAAACUGACAUGUACCCGCAAAGGUACAGGAAGCAUGUUUUGGAUCAGGCUUGUUUCAGGAAACUUUCCUGAAGUCGUAGGAAAAACAUUUAGCUUUGAGGGUGUUGAGCGUCACAUUAAAACCAAAGAAGAGCCUGGAACAUUUGUUCUGCAUAUCACAGAAGCAAAGCUAAGUGAUACUGCAGUUUACGUCUGUAUGAAAAUACAUCAGCAAAACUUUACAUUUUUGAAUGGAACAGACCUGAAAGUUGAAGAAUCUGAUAUCACUGCAGUCCCUCCAUCUGAUCCAGUCCGUUCAGGAGACUCGGUGACUCUGCAGUGUUCAGUCCUCUCUGACUCUGAGAACAAAACAUGUCCAGGAGAACUCAGUGUGUGUUGUUUUAGAGAUGGAUCACAUCAGUCUUAUCCAAGUUUUAAUUAUAGUCAAGGAAAUAGUGUUGACGACAGUGAGGGAUUCUCAACAAAGAAGUGUUUCUACAGCAAGAACAUCUUUAAAAACGUCAGCUCCUCUGAUGCUGGAAUUUAUUACUGUGCUGUGGCCACAUGUGGGGACAUAUUUUGUGGAAACAGAUCAAAACCCGAAACUGAAGCAAUCAACAUGAGGGAUUUGCAGAAGGACAAUACAAUUGUCAUUCUGUUAUGUGCUGCUUUGGCUAUAUGUGUGAUUGUUAUAGCCUUUCUCAGUUAUACAAUCAAGAAACUCAAGAGAAAUUCUUGUGGUUGUUGCAAUGCUGCUGUUGUUCUGCAAAUAAAUGCUGCAACAGCCAAUGCCAGUGAUCAGCAAAGUCAGAAGACAGAUGAGGACUCAUUGGUUUAUUCUGCACCAACCUUCACUGGUAGGAAAUCUGGCAGAUCAGAGAGAAGGGAUGCAAAAACAGAGGAGGAAGAGAGCAUCUACACUGAUGUCAGGACUCUUGGGUUGGAUUAACAGUCUACACACUAUAGAGCCUUUAAGGCUCGUGUAAUUUUGGUUUGCACACUGUGUGAGAAAUGUAAUUACUAAGCAGCCACGGUGCUUAAUUUCACCAAGUUGGAAAUUUUUAUUUUAUUUUGGAUAACUUAAAACACAUGUAUAUUUCAUUGUUUUAUAUGUAUUGUAAAGAAAAUGAUUCCUCAUGAUGCAAAAAUAAUAUAAUAUAAUAUGUAUAAAUACAAAGUUGUGAACUAUGAGAAGAUUUUCCCUUUGAUAUAAUUUUCAAGUCUGUUAAGACCCACAUCUACAGUUCUUAUUUAGUAGGAAUUGGUGGUUGUGUAGAUUUGUUGC